AUCACCCCUGCUUUCAAUCCCCCGCCUAUGGUUAAGAAAGCUUUGGAAAUGAUGGAUGUAAAUGGUGGAAGCGGAGCUGCAUCUGGACUUCGAGCAGAACCAACUCUUAAGCAUUUCGACGAGAAUAUAAUUUCUCUUAUUGAGUCAGAGAUCAUGUCCGUCACACAUGAAACGGGUUGGUCUGAUGUGGCUGGUCUGGAAGGAGCGAAAAAAGCUCUGCGAGAAAUUGUAGUUCUGCCUUUCAAAAGACCGGAUAUGUUCAAAGGGAUACGAGCUCCUCCUAAGGGAGUUUUAUUAUUUGGUCCUCCUGGUACCGGGAAGACUAUGAUUGGUAGGUGUGUAGCCUCGCAGUGUAAAGCUACCUUCUUCAACAUAUCUGCAAGUUCGUUGACGUCGAAGUGGGUAGGAGAAGGCGAGAAACUGGUGCGCGCCCUGUUUUCUGUGGCCAGAUUGAAGCUUCCGAGUGUUAUUUUUAUCGAUGAGGUUGACUCGCUUCUUUCUUCUCGUUCGGAUACAGAGCACGAGUCAUCUCGUCGUAUCAAGACGGAAUUUCUGGUACAACUGGAUGGUGUCGCAACGAACUCAGACGAACGAUUAUUGGUCCUCGCAGCAACAAAUCGCCCACAAGAGCUUGAUGAAGCUGCUCGACGGCGUUUUGUCAAGCGUCUUUAUAUCGCUUUGCCGGAAGCUGAGGCAAGACUGACUAUUGUCAAAAAUUUACUUACUGAUAUGAAACAUUCACUCGAGGAGGAAGACUAUAAUCGGAUAGCGGAAUUGACAGAAGGUUAUUCGGGCGCUGAUGUGAGGCAACUGUGUGCCGAAGCCGCUAUGGGCCCAAUUCGAGAUGUGGAUAAUUGUUCUUCCAUGGAUAUCGAGACGAUAGGCGCAGAUGAGGUUAUUUUUGCUUCAGCAUAUGCAUUUUCCUGGUAUGCUCUUCGAACUAAUAAGCCCAUCAAACAUGCAUGUUCCGUCAAUUCUUGGGUGGUUUGUUUCACUUAG